AUGAAUAGAACACCUAAAUGUGGUGGUGAUUUGUUGGCUAACUACGAUUAUCAAAACAUUACAAUCAUUGGCCUACAUGGUAGCAUUCAUUGUGUUUGGAGAAUUAGGUCCAAAGCACGAGUGCUCGUAUAUAUUGAUGAAUUACGAUUGCCCUGCAAAGAAACAUGUACCAGCUAUCUGGAAUUGAAAUUCAAAGCAGAUAUGAUUCCAACUGGUGAAUAA